AUGCCGAUGAAAAAGUUUCGGAUGACGAAUACCGAGCUGAAACUCAAGAGAGAGCGGAUGAUGGAAGCCUUCCGAGCCGGCAAGAGCGCCUUGGAGGACUUGCGUCUGCCAUACUUCUUGGCCUACGGUUCUGCGAUGGCAGCGCUGAGGGAGGGUCAGUUUCAGCCGUACGAGGAUGACAUCCACGUGGGCAUUUACGCCUGGGAUUUGGCUUCACUGCAGCGACAAUGCACCGAGUGCACAGCCAAGGAACGUGACAACCUGCUGAAGAAUACCUUUGACAGGUUUGGCUUUGAACCUGUUCAAGAGAUCGUGGAGAAUGCUGUGCAGGCAGCAGCAGGGCAGGAGGCCAAGCAGAACCAGGCUGUGCUGGUUUGCCCGCGCUACUACAUCGCAGAGGGCUGGUCUGAUGAGAUGGCCUUCCCCAUCCUCUACAAAUUUACGCAUCGCGAGAGCUUCGUACGCUUCGAUGUCAUGGUUUUCGCUAUGCAAUUUGGUCAGCUCUGGGAUUUCGCUGACGGUGGUGCUGAGACAUCUUCAGGCUGGAGAUAUAGUCCCUUCUCCCCUCAGCUGGUGGAGUUUGACAAGAUCAUGACCUACACCAUGCCGGCGCAACCGUUGGAAGAACACUACGGGCCGGAGUGGUACGCCCCCAAGGUCUACAAUUACGUCCAAAGCUUGACGCGUUGCAAGAACCGAUGUCAGGUUCUGAGGGUGUUGCCCUUCGAUCCACGGAUGCGGCGCACAGAGCAGCCAUCAGCACUGUCCUGGGAGGAGUUCCGGCCCUUGAUCCGACAGUACCGGAUGCAAUACGCCAAGUCCAUGGCCGACUCGGAGCAUGAGUUCCCGGAGAAGAAGUUGGACUUGUACAAACUGGAAUCAAAACCCAUCGUGCUAUUCCAAGCAGCCAACAUGUGCAAAGACGAGGGCAAUGUCCGGCUGAAGGAUGGGAAAGCCAGGGCCGCCCUUGGAAAGUACGAAGAGGGCCUCUACAUCGUGGAUAAGUGUCGCGAGGUGCUGUUGACCUGGCGAUUGAUUUUUCGACAGAUCCACGAUGAGAAAGCGGAGAAGGAUCGAAAAGACCGAGGUCUGAAGGUGGCUGACCUGUUGGAACCGGAUAUGCCUCGCGAGUUCCGCAGCGACGAAGACGAGGAACGCGCGUUGCGUCUGGCCUUGCAGCUGAACGCCGCGCAGGCGGCAUUGCAGUGCCAAGAAUGGAAUGCGGUGGAGCUGCACAGCAGCGCAGCCCUACAACUGGAGCCUCAAAAUCGGAAAGCCUUAUACCGCCGCGGCCUCGCGCGUAGUACCUCAGGAGAUAUGGAGGGAUCAAAAGCGGAUUUCUGGGCCUUGCUGAAAGCAUCCCACUUCGACAGUAAGGAAGCCAUCAGUCAGCUGAUGAAGAUGAUGCCCAAAGAGGACGUCCAACGACAGUUCAAACGCAUGCAAAAGGAGGCGGAAAAAGAAGAAAAGAUUGGCACCAUGCUGAAGGAGAUGGACGAAGACGAGCGCAUUGGGCAGCAAGACGAGAGAUACGAACGCUACUUGGGCGACUGCCAGCAACGCGCGGCGGAUGGGCAGCGAGAACUGAGCUUCGAUGAAUGGGCCAAGCAGUACGAAUGGCGAUACGAUGCGGAUGAACGGUUGAAGGCGCGAAAGGCUUUCCCCGAGUGUUUUAGUCACAGCGGCCCUGCACCUCUUCCGAUCGAGGAGUGGGAGGUGGAUUAUUUGACUCAUAAGGAGAUUGAGAAGAUCAUGUACAGACGACAAACCGAAGCCUUGGGAGCGAGAAGAAGAGCCAAGGAGAUGGAGAUGCAGAAGGAGAACAUGGACAAGGAAGGAUUUCGUUCCAAGCUCUAUGUGGACAAAGAGGAUGAGAAGAUUUUGAAAGAUGCAGUGAUCAAGUUACAACUACUGGUGGUGACGAUUCUUGGACGCGUGGCUACGGAGAAGAAUUGGAUGGCCACCUUUCAGCUCUACCGCAUCAUCGAUGCUCAGACCUGCAAAGAUAGGGACAGAGAAGCAAAUGGCCCUGGCAAGAGCGCGGGAACUCGGGAUGUGAUGGGUCAGAUGCUGAUGCUAUCGUCGGCGUUGAGUGGGAUCCUUGGAAGAUUGCUGCGCAGCAAAAUGCCACAGCGCAACCUCGCUGAAUGCCGCCCUGCUGGCGUGUUCGAGGUUCUGCCCUCCCCAGCUCUUCUGGUGAACCUUCGAUCAGAAGUCACAGACGUGAACUCUGCCGGACUGCAGUUCCUGGGAUACCAAAGUAAGGAUUUGGUCCAAAAAGAUGUUUUGGAAGCGUUGAUUUCUGAAGAGGAUCGCGCCGACGCGGGCGUGUACCUCAAAGAAGCCUUGGAUGGCGCUGCUGGCGACAAAUCUCUGAAGGUCACUUGCAUUGGCCGCACAGGUCGAAAGCAGGUGUGUCUUCGUGCUGCCACCACUCGCAGUGGAGGAAAGCUGGACGGAGCCAUCAUUACUCUGCAAGAUAUGAGCGAAAUUCGAAAUCUGGCAGGUGCCACCAAUACGGGCGGUGCGGAACAUUUAUCUGGAGCCCUCAAUGCCAUUGGCACUGCGUUGUUUGCGCUGGACACGGAGGGCAAGAUCUUGGAAUGGACUCCCAAGAUGGAGAAUCUUGGCAGGGCAGUCGGGUCGCGGCAGUUUCAGCCAGCCAGCCAGCCAGUCAGCCAAAGCGGCGGAAUCAGCCAGCCAGCCAGCCAGCUAAAGCGGCGGAAUCAGCCAGCCAGCCACACAACGCGGCGGAAUCAGCCAGCCAGCCAGACAGCCAACGCGGCGGAAUCAGCCAGCCAGCCAGCCAGCCAAGACGACGGAACCAGCCAGCCAGCCAGCCAAGACGGCGGAAUCAGCGAGCCAGCCAAGGCAGCGGAACUAUCCGAGCAAAUAUGGCUAUGGCCUGUAUAG